AUGAAGAAGAAUGCUUGGCAGAUCGCGCUGUGUGCUCUCGCGUCGCCUCCAAUCCUCCACAUCGGCCCUCUUUCUUCAUGAAUCAGGGACGGAAUCUCUUCGUCCGGGCCUCCAAAGCCGAUCAAGAGAAGGCAGUUCCGUCAGCCGGGAGGACUGGAUCCGGCACAGGAGCAGCCGCCGUCAUCCGCGCGAUCGCCUCGUCGCGAGUAAUCGCCAGCGAUCCUCGGCAAUCUCGGCCUACAACCAGGCGGUGAUCUCCGGAAUAUUUUCCUAUUCCUCGCUCCUCCACAUCUCGCCGAUUCCAUUCCAGCUCACGGCGCCCGCGCUGGCGCUGCUCCUCGUCUUCCGCACAAAUUCUUCCUACAGCCGCUACAACGAGGGCAGGAAAGCGUUUGGAUCGAACGUGAACAGGGCUUUGGGGUCAACCAUUGGUCAACGUAAUGGUCAAUGGUGGUCAAUGCCACGUUUCCAUUGCUUCCACAUCGACACUGACAAGGCUCUCCAGGAGGAGCUCAAGGGCGUGCUCGAUGGGGAAGAUCUAGCGUUUGUUUUAGCUGCGACGCAUCGACCAAUUCUUGUGCUGCUGAGGAUCGCCGAGACGACUGGAGCUUGCCAGGGGAUGAGCGCUCACAACAAGGCGAUCAUGGAUCUCAAUAUCACGCAGCUCCACGACAAUCUUGGCGCCUGUGCACGCAUUCUACGAACUCCAAUUCCGCCAUCUUACUCGCACCUCACUUCCAGGAUGCUCAUCAUCUGGCACCUCACGCUGGCGCUGGCGCUGUGGGAUUUCUACCACUGGCUCACCAUUCCGGCCACGGGAUUUAGCGCCACUGCACUCUUUUGCAUCGACGAGGUAGGAGUGAUAAUCGAAGAGCCAUUCUCAAUCCUUCCUCUAGGAAGCAUUUGCGAGCUGGUCCAGAAAAAUGUGGCUGAAAUGAUUGAAGCUCACGAAGGUGCAGAGUGUGAUGCCCGGAACGGGCAUAGUGCGUAGUCGAAGUUUUCAGCCUGACGUACAUAGCUGGCAUGAUGUGCCUUUUCAACCUCAUCUAGAAGGCUGGCAGACUUGACAGAAGAAGGAAGAACAAGAACUUUCAUGGAAGAUUUGUGGAAGCGUUAACACUUUAU